AUGGAUUCUAACAUAACGCUGUGGCAGUUCCUUCUGGAGCUGUUGCUAGGCAACCAACAUCAAAACAUCAUCCACUGGACGAGUCAGGAGGGCGAGUUCAAGCUGGUCAAUGCUGAGGAGGUGGCGCGGCUGUGGGGACUUCGCAAGAACAAGCACAACAUGAACUACGACAAGCUGAGCAGAGCUCUGCGCUAUUACUACGACAAGAACAUCAUCAAGAAGUCGCUGGGCCAAAAGUUCGUUUACAAGUUCGUCUCUUUCCCGGAGAUCGUUAAGACGGAGACCAAAGUGCCUUUCAAGGUGAAGAUGGAAUCUUUAGCUCACGAGUAUGGUCAACGAGUGUUGCCACAUUUCGCAUCCUACAACGCUCACGACAUUAAAGCCAGCCAAGAUGCAGCCUUGAAGUAUUCGGUGCACAAACAACAACAACACGAUCAGCAGCAACAACAGGCAGCAACUCAUGCUCGCAAGGAGGAGGAGGAGGACAGUGGUGACAGCAGUCCACGGGCAGCUCUAGCCAAACACCGGGCAGCGGACCUGCCGAGACAGUCCAGCCAGCUGUACAUGCAGCGAGAGAAAGAGAGGGAUCGAGAAAUACGAGAGAAUCUGGAUCCACACAGGAGCUCGCAUUCUUCCAGCUCUUCUCUUUUACAACCUCCCCCUUCACAUAGCCACGCCCAUCACCAGUCUCCAUAUCAUUCCCACCACCUGCAUCUGUCACAUCACCACCCCGCCCACUCCCAUCUGUCCGCCCAUCGACACCAGUCACAGCAGCAUCGCCUGGAGGACGAGGACAGAGACCGCAUCAGCAGAAGUGCCUGGUCAGCCUUGUACCUGGGCGGCGAUUCCCACCGGUCAGCGUUGUACCGCGACAGGGAGCCUUUCAACGCGCCGCCUCGCACGCCCAGCAGAGGCAGCACCAGUGGCAGCAGCCUCAGCCUAGCCCACAGCUCACUCUACAGCAACUUCAACCCAGAGAUCCGCGUCUCCACCCCCAGAGGUCGCAGUGCCAGCCCUGUCAUCAGCCAUCGAAGACGAGACUACUCGCCUCAGCGAAUUAACCCCUCACCACCUAUGACGGCCAUGAACUUGGUCAAGAUCCCCUCAUCUACGCCCUCCUCCCUCCCGACCCCGUCCUCUUCAGCAUCUCCAGCGCGCCGCUCCCCGUCGCUGUCACCGCUGCCACCAACUUACUGUAGCAGAAAUCACAACGCCAGCACAGCCACCUCAUUAUCAUCAUCAUCACGUCUGACCCCCAGCACCUCAUCUGUCGCCGCUGCCUGCAACAAACCCAAACCCAGCCCUAUAUCUCUGGGCGUGCCUUCGCUGGCGACUGGCUCCUUGACCGCUUCACCUCUAACCCCAGUGACCUCCCACAUGUCAAUCAUCUCGCCUUCAGGAAAACAUCCUAUGUCGGCCUUCCACGGCAUCCCAACCCCCCUAUUCCUGCCCAGCCCCAUGCACCCCGUCCACUUCUGGAGCUCUCUAAGCCCCGUGACAACCCUCAGCCCACGGUUAAACUCCUCCGGCUCGGCUUUCCAGUUCCCUGGCUUCUUCAACGGCCCCCUGGCCUUCUCCCCGCUGGUAGGGACGUUUGCUGCCGCUAGUAGCUCAGGCGUGGACAACCUCGGCACCCCAGGGCUAGUCUCCACCCCGACACGGACUAUCCCAGUCCUCUGA